UCAGUCGCCUUAUAUUUGGAGGUAUUUUAAAAGUCGUUGGCGUUUCUGCACACAUUAAAUUUUGGGUGUCGAUUUUACUUCCCUCCUAAAAACCGAACGUUUUUCUUCCAACACAAUAUGGGUGAUAUGGAAAAAAUAUUUUACGACUUUUGUGAUACAGUCAAGAAAGGGUCAAGAACUGCUACAGACAAAACCAUUAAAAAAAUCUGUACUGAUUGUAAUAUCUAUACGAAAUCAUUUAAUGCAAAUGCCGUCGAUAUUGCGUUUUGCAAACAUCUUAAAAGUGCCAAAAAAGACGUUGACUUUUCUGAUUUUGUAAGAUUUGUCGAAGGAGCAAUGGCAGAAGAGUAUGCAAAACAAAAAAAUAUAUCGACAACUGAUGCAUCGAAUGAAAUAAAAAACAAAAUAAUCAGUAGUUCCGGCCCUAAAUCUCAUGGAGCUACUCAAGCUAGUAAAGAUUCGGCGACAUCCCGUCUCACUGAUGUAAAAGGAUAUACAGGCUCUCAUAAAGAACGAUUUGAUGCUGAAACUGGUAAAGGUAAAGGAAUUGAGGGACGAGAGUAUGUCAUGGAUGAAAAAGCAGCUUCCGGUUAUGUUGGAGGCUAUAAAGGGAAGAACACAUAUGACAAAACCCACUAAUAGUUGUUUACCUUCACGAUGUUAGCUUAUUUCAUUUCUGACAUAUCAAUAACAUAAUCUAAUUUUUGUCAUGAUUACUUAAUAAAUGUCAUUCACCGA